AUGCUCAGGCCCUUCUACUGGCCAAGUUUCAAGAAAUUUGGUGAUGGUCGUUGCAACAAUGUCCGGGCCCCUUGGAGGGAAGCUUCAAGUACGCGCGACGCCAUAACUAGGGAUACACUUGGCCAAUUAUAAAAUAAUUCCCGCCGGGACCCAAAGCAAAUUUGAAAUUAUUCGUGUGUACGGUAGAAAAAUAUUUUUUGUUGGAGGACGAGACAUUUUCUUGUUUUGUUGAUAGUACUGCAAGGUAUUUGGUAAGUCGAGUGUGUGUAUUUUGUUUGAUUUUGUUGAUUUUUGUGUAAUAAAGAUAUAACUUUGUCCAUUUAUUGUUUAUGUGCCGCAUUACGGUUUCAAGGCCGAAUUAUUACCUUUCUGGCGGCUCCGGUUUUAGCUAUCGCAACACGGAAGAUAAUCUCUGCCCAAUCGUUGGUCCGGAACAAAGAGGUAUGUUGUUUUUGCUAAUUUUGAGGUGUGUUUUUGGUUUUAGAACAAAAAGUUACCUGUUUUUCUCUGAAAUCUUUGGGAGAAUCACUUUUCGGUCAAUAAGGGCCUAAUUUUUUGUUGUUUUUAAUACUAAGGGUGCUUUUCAGUGGAUUUCACUGUACCAACCAAUGAAGAACAGCAUGGUUAACACAGAGAAGGAUGGUCCACUGGCAGAUGAGGCGUCAGAAAGAAAGGAGAAGGCCCUCAAAAAAUGCGAAACUAAUAGAAUAGCCAUUGUGAAAAAAGGAAAAGUGAUGUAG